AGCAAGAGCCUCUGGCCACGUCUCAAAACACCGCUUCGUACACAACCGGACGGUGUAAGUAGCCGAGCAGCAGCUGCCGGCCAAAGGACAGAAGGGAGCAGAGGACAGGACGGGAGAGCACGGCGCACCGGCUCCGUCGCCAGGCACCACGACCGAAAACAAAGCUAAAGCUCCACCAAGCACGGAAAAGAAAAAAAUCCACAUCGAGCACCAGAGACUGGCAGUGAUCCUCAGCCAUCAUGCUCCGCUGCAGAGUGAACCUCAGCACAAUGAUUUUCCUGGUGAUCCUGCAGGGAGCAGCAGUGGUUCUGUUCUGCGGCUGGUACGUCCAGCUCAGUCCCUGCAGUUCCGCUCCUUCCAACGGCAAAGUUCACGUUCUGCUGCUGUCAUCGUGGCGAUCAGGCUCGUCCUUCGUAGGUCAAGUGUUCAGCCAGCACCCAUCUGUCUUCUAUCUUAUGGAGCCAGCGUGGCAUGUGUGGACCAAACUUCCAAAACCCGGUGCGCGGGUUCUUCGAAUGGCUGUGAGGGAUCUGUUACGAAGCGUAUUCCAGUGUGACUUUUCUGUGAUGGAGGCCUACCUGCCAGAGAACCACAAUGUGUCCUCCUUGUUUAUGUGGAGUCACAGUAGAGCACUGUGCUCGCCGCCGGCCUGUCCUCUCACGCCACGUGGCCAGUUCAGCAACCAGACUCAGUGCUCCAAGACAUGUGGUACUAGGGGCCUGCAGGGGGUGGAGGAGGCUUGUGGCACCUACAGUCACGUGGUACUGAAAGAAGUGAGAUUCUUUGAGCUGGAAUCCCUCUAUCCGCUCUUGCAGGACCCAAGCCUAGAUCUCCGCAUUAUCCACCUGGUCCGAGACCCCCGGGCUGUGGUGCGGUCUAGAGAGGAGUCAGCCAAAGCCUUCAUGAGUGAUAGCGCCAUCGUCUUGGAGCAGAGAAGCAUUCCAGCAGCCGAGGUGCAGUAUCAAGUCAUGCAGGAGAUCUGCCGAAGCCACGUCCGCAUUAAUGAGAGGGCCAUCCUGAAGCCCCCUCCAUUUCUAAAAGGCCGCUACAAAAUGGUCCGCUAUGAGGACGUGGCACGCAACCCACUUGAGGAGAUAACUGCCCUGUAUGAGUUUGUAGGUCUGGAGGCGACCAGCCAGUUGGAGGAAUGGAUCUACAGGGUGACUCACGGAAAAGGCAAAGGCUCCAGGAAAGAGGCCUUCGAUAUCACCUCGCGGAAUGCCGCCGAUGUCUCCCAGGCUUGGCGUACCAUGCUGCCACACAACAAGGUCAAACGUAUCCAGGAGGUGUGUAAAGGGGCCAUGUCAUUGCUCGGAUACAGGACGGUUAACAGUGAAAAAGAACAGAAGAGACUUGACAUAGAUCUACUGGUGCCACAGGAACCGUACCAGUUCAGCUGGUUGCCAGAUAAAACAGAGCAUCCUAGUAAUGGUUAAAAUUGCAUUUGAAUGACAAAGACACCAACAGACUACAUUGGACUGACUUUAUAGGGUUUAUUGGCUGUAAUGAGUGGUACCGCAGAAUGAGUCAUCACCUUGCAUGGUGUCUGAGGUUAAAGCAUUGAUUUGUGACGAAUACACACUUCACACUGUCAGUGGAGUGAGAGGAUUAAACACCAGAAUUGUUGACAAUAGAUUUGGUACAGAGGGCUGGAGAAUGCUGUAUCACAUAUAUCUGGAACUAAAAUGGAAAACACAUUACCUGAUCCACCAAGAUUUACCCUUAUUGCCUGAAGACUGGCUCAUGUGUAAAAGAACAAUUUUGCAGCAAUUAUACAACUUGGAUUGGCUGCACUACCCAAAACUUCAAAAGAUUUUACAAUUUGGGUGAGUUUGCGUGACAAUGUAUUUGUGAAACUGCUGCAAUCUUAAUUCAGUUGGAAAAUUAGGGUGGGGGAGGACUCUCCUCUUUGGGGACCUCAGAUUUGUGUCUCUGCUCUUUGCAGAUGAUGUGGCUCUGUUGGCUCCGUCAGACCAUGACCUUGAGCAUGCACCGGGCGGUGUGCAGUCGAGAUGAAAGUCAGUACCUCCAAGUCUGAAGCCAUGGUCUCUGCCGGAAAAGGGUAGAUUGGCCCUCCAGGUUGGAAUUGGGUCACUGCCCGAAGCAUGGGAGUUCAAGUAUCACGGGGUCUUGUUCACGAGUGAGGGUAAAAUGCAGCGGGCAUCAGCAGUGAUGCGGGCGUUGUACCGUUGUGCAGAGUAAGCUGAGCCGGAAGGCAGAGCUCUCGAUUUACCAGUCCAUCUACGUUUCGACCCUCACCUAUGGUCAUGAGCUUUGGGUAGUGACCAAAAGAAUGAGAUCGCGGAUAGCAGAGCCUAAAUGAGCUUCCUUUGAGGGUGGCUGUACUCAGACAUCCGGAGGGAGCUCUGAGUAGAGCCGCUGCUCCUUUGCAAGGGGUCAGCGGAAGUGGGUCAGGUUUAUGAUCAGGAUGCCUACUGGACCCUUUAGAGGUUUUCUGGGCACGUCCAACUGAUAAGACGCGGGGGUAGAUCCCGAACACGCUGGACUAAACACCAGGGUUCACCAGGAAGAGCUGGAAAAAUGUUGCUGGGGAGAGGGACUGCUGCCCCCACAUCCUGGCCCCAGAUGAGCAGAAAAGAUAAUGGAUGGCUAGAUGGACAUAAGGAAGUUGACAGAUAAUAAAUAACAUGAUCAGGACAAACACAAAGAGGCUGUAUUUUUUUAUUCAAAACCAGCGCUCUUUAGUAGCUUUCCACUUUGUGUGCAGUUUGUGACCCGUGUGGGCUCAUUGGAGUGCGGUCUUCCCUGCUCAAAGUGAAUCUGGGCCUGGGUUUUUGCACAGUCAGAGCAUAUUUAGCAGUGAUGUGACACAAGAAUCCCUGCAAGUCCUGAUACUCUGUGGAGCUGCUGCCAUCAGUCAGUGUGUGCACAUUUGAAUCCACAUUGUUUGAAGCUGGGCGUCAUGCCAGCGUCCCCUGAAGGCCCGGUCUGUACCACCAGGACACUGUUGAUCACCAGGAGACUGUUGAUCACCGAUGACGCUCCCACAGAGAAGAGGCCACUGACUGUUUGCUUAGGUCGACAUCUGUCAGGAAGCACACUUUAAGUUAGCUGUUAGCCCGCUGCUUAUUUUGAUGUACUGAAUUUGAAUCAGCAAAGCCACACUUGCACCAGGCAAGUACACUCUAUUUUCAAAGUGGGUCCACAACUGUGGAGGUACUUCAUUUUCCCCCCAGAUUUAUUCUCAGGUGUCUGUUUGGUCACCGUUUAAGCAAUCCUCUCCCACUGGAAUUUAUGGUCAAAACCAAUGGUUGAACUUCCUUCCCAAUACACACGAGGGACGUCUAGUUCCUGUUAUUUGAAUGUUUGGACAAACUCAAACAUUUACUUGAUGCUGCCACUUGAAACUCCUCAAGGGUAACGCUGCCCGGUAUAGCUGACAGUGGUGUAGCUUACUCAUACAUGACUGCGGACAACAUUGUUCUUUUUUUGUUGUUUGAUUAACGAUUACACUGAUGCAAUACAUAACAGUGUUUUGAGGAGAGUACCUUUGACAAUUUCUUUAGUUUUCAGACCCGCAGCUUACCAACCUUGUUUUGUGCAGGCAGCUGUAAAAAAAGAAAAACAGAAAAACUUUCACUGAUGGACCCACAGAGCAGUGAGCAUUAAGAAAAGAAAGCAUGACUUCACCGAAGGCAACAUGUAGAAAGUGACUCUAGUGAUUUUUCAAGGGAUGAGUCACAUCACGAGGGCUCCAAAGUAGCAGCUCAUCACAAAAUACUAGAAUCAUGCAAAUAAUUAUUUUCAUGCAAAUAAUUUGCAUCAUAUAUUUUUCUAUUGUUUUUGCCAUGACUUCUUUCACACAGUUUGUAAAUAUUAUGUGGUGAAAGAGGGACGCAUUUUUUUGUGGAAAAAGGUUGAUUUCUCUGAGCUUUAGCGAUGCGAAUACAGGCAUCGACCAAUCACGUUGUGCGGAACAGGUUGAUCUACGCUUAUUUAUAAAAAACACAACACAGAUGCCCUGUAGUCGGAACCAAGAAGGCAAGCUUUAUUGCUCCUUUCAACCUUGACAAAGGCAGUGUGGACCAGAUCGCCCCUUUCCAAUUCUUACCUUUCACAAUAAAAGCCCUUAACAUGAUAUCCGCAGGUAAUUACACACUAUAUUCAAUAAGAAAUGCUUACAGGUACCUGUUAAAGUUAAGUGAAACAAAAUACAGUACGUCUCCUGUGUUGCCAGGGUCAGUAAGAGUUACUAUCGCCGAAGACGAGAGUCUGUUUCUUCACUCUGAUUGUCUGCCUGAGACGUAUGGAA